GCUGGGGCCACAGUGAGGCGCAGCUCUUUACAUGGUGUGUGCAGUGGUUUGUGGAAUUCGGAGCUUGAUUUCAUUUUAUUUAUUUUUUGACCAAAAAGUGGACAUAAUGAUAGGAUGAAGCGAGUUGGCUGCUUUGGAUUAAUGGGAGCUUGUUUUCUGCAUUAAGAUCAAGAACUUUUCUGGAAUCCUCUGUUCUCUGAGUAGCCUUGUAUUCUGUGUGUGUAUUUUCAAUUUUAAGAACACUGACAAAAAUCAGCAAACUUCGUCUCCCAAAGAGCUCUCUCUCUCUCUUUUGUCAAUAUUUGAAGAUUUCUGCUCCCAAAUCUUUUUUGAGCUGCCUGAGCAUCGUGGCUGAUAACUGAAGGUCAAUGCGUCUCUUUUGUAGUAUGUGUUACAGAAAUUCUUCAGAUAAGUUUACUUGCUAACACAGGUGGGCCAUUUAUGGAUUUCUUUCAAAGCCAGUUCGAAUAAACUCUUUCGUCUCAAAUGGGCAACAGUAACUGUUCAGCACCAUGGAGAGGUCUGGACAGCAAGCGAAGACUUGGAACUGUGACCCUGGCAAGCAAUCUGACAGUGAUUACCGAGAGGAUGGGAUGGAUCUAGGCAGUGACGCCGGCAGCAGCAGCAGCAGCAGCAGCAGCCGCGCCAGUUCGCAGUCCAACUCCACCAAAGUGACCCCUUGCUCCGAGUGCAAAUCCUCGUCGUCGCCGGGGGGCAGCUUGGACUUGGUGUCUGCCCUGGAGGACUAUGAGGAACCCUUCCCGGUUUAUCAGAAGAAGGUGAUUGAUGAGUGGGCGCCGGAGGAGGACGGGGAGGAGGAGGAAGAGGAGGACGAGCGCGACGAACGAGGGUACCGGGAUGACCGCUGUCCCGCCCGGGAGCCGGGGGACGUGAGCGCCAGGACCCGCAGCGGCGGCGGGGGUAGAGGGUCCACCACCGCCAUGCCGCCCCCCGUGCCCAAUGGCAACCUCCACCCGCACGACCCCCAGGACCUCAGGCACAAUGGCAAUGUGGUGGUGGCCGGCUGGCCGAGCGGUUCUCGAGGCCCCCGCCGGGCGGUCCAGAAGCCCCAGCCGGCGGGAGGCUGGCGCGGCGGCCGGGGCCCGGCGGCAGGGGGCCUCUGCCUCCAGCCCACUGACGGCGGGACGUGCGUUCCGGAGGAGCCCCCGAUGCCCCCAAUGGACUGGGAGGCGCUGGAGAAGCAUUUGGCUGGGCUGCAGUUCCGGGAGCAGGAGGUGCGGAACCAGGGCCAGGGGAGGACCAACUCCACCUCAGCACAGAAAAAUGAGAGAGAAUCUAUCCGACAGAAGUUGGCACUCGGGAGCUUCUUUGAUGAUGGCCCAGGAAUUUAUACCAGCUGCAGCAAAAGCGGGAAGCCAAGCCUUUCCUCUCGCCUCCAGAGUGGGAUGAACCUGCAGAUUUGCUUUGUCAACGACAGCGGCAGUGACAAGGACAGCGAUGCAGAUGACAGUAAGACUGAAACCAGCUUGGACACCCCCUUGUCGCCCAUGAGCAAACAGAGCUCCUCCUAUUCCGAUAGAGACACUACUGAAGAGGAAUCUGAAUCCCUAGAUGAUAUGGAUUUCCUCACAAGGCAAAAGAAAUUGCAAGCCGAAGCCAAAAUGGCCCUCGCCAUGGCCAAACCCAUGGCCAAAAUGCAAGUAGAAGUGGAAAAACAGAACAGGAAAAAGUCUCCCGUCGCUGAUCUCCUGCCACACAUGCCUCACAUAAGUGAAUGCUUGAUGAAAAGGAGUUUAAAGCCCACUGACCUGAGGGACAUGACUAUCGGGCAGCUACAAGUGAUAGUCAAUGAUCUCCAUUCGCAGAUAGAAAGCUUGAAUGAAGAGCUGGUCCAGCUGCUCCUCAUCCGAGAUGAGCUGCACACGGAACAGGACGCCAUGCUGGUGGACAUCGAAGACUUGACCAGACACGCCGAAAGUCAGCAGAAGCACCUGGCGGAGAAAAUGCCUGCGAAGUGAAGACGGCCAUCCAGCCAGAGGACAAGCCAGACUUCGUUUUGCUUCUGUGGUUGUAAAAAUGCUGUUGCUCACGGUGGCGCAGAGACAAACAAAUAUCAGUGUUAGUCAUUGAUAAUGUCUGAAGCUUAAUGUCCAGUGAUUGGCCAUUGCUUUUUUUUUGGGUUCACAUUUUACCAAAUGAACUUAAUUGAUAUUUUCAGAGCAUUACACCCCAAAACUUC